CGCGUGCCGCACAGUUCUGUUCAAACUGUCAUUGUUAAAACAACGCUACAUGAGGCACGAUAUCGCAGUUUUAUGAAUCAAUCGGUGUUUUACUAACAUCCAUGGUUCGUUAUGUCGCAUUUUUUCGGAAUUUUCAUACUUACCCUUACUUUCAACGGUUUCACCGAUAUCGGCCAAAUAUCUGCAAGUAAACCGUCUAAUCCUCUUGUUAUUAAAGCAGGGGCAAUAGAAGAGGACUGCACCGAUUUUCAAGGUCAGACUAUAGCCCAUGGCUUGCUUUAUGUCCCUGGCCCUGCCGUGUGCACGAUGUGCGUUUGUUAUCACUCGGAGCCCAUGUGGUGUAAAGCGAUUUAUUGCGACCCGCCUUACUUUUGCAAGGAGUUUCGUGUGGGCGAACGUUGUUGCGAAUUCGAAUGUUUGAAUCCACCAGGAGACAAAGCUGUGAAGCUGCUCGAAGAGUACCGACAAAGAUUGAAGCUUAAUUCGCAGGGAAAAUGCUCAAUUCUGCCAGAAUCGCUGAUUUUAAUGAUUGUUGGAUUGAUAAAAUCGCUCGUUUGAAAUUAUUAUCCGUACCAAAAGCUUAUCCGCGUUAGAUAGGAAGAUUUCUUGAUAUAUAGCUUUUUGACCAAUUUACUACACUUAGUAUUUUGAAAAAAAUAAUAAGGUAUUCCAGGGUUUUUGUUUAAAUUUUAAUUUUGUCUUCCUAUUGCAUGAUUCUUGAAAUUGCACGAUUUGUGAUUGGUAGAACUAGAGUAAUUCCAAUCCUACAGUUAUUUUCGCUUCAAUAUAAUUAAGGCGUAAUAUAAGAUUUGUAAAAAAUUGUGUUGGCCUUAGACACCGUGAUUAAAACGUUUAUAUACUUGAAAUUCUACCUAAAAGUUGUUAAAUGUUUGAAUUUGAAUUAGUUUUUAUAAUUAAAUAUAAAUGUUUGUGUGGAAUAUUAUUGGUGCAACAAAUAAUAUUUUUCCGCAUCUACAGGGUAUGCUCUAAAAUAACACAACCAAACUUGAAUCUUUUUUUGCUAGAUAGCUAUUUUUUACUGAAAAAGCGCCAAUAAUGUUGCAUAAAAGACCAAUAUUUUUUUAAAAAUGCCCUGUAUAUUAUAACCCGCGCUUUAUAAUUAUUAUAAUAAACGCUGAGCUAUUAUGUGAUAUAUUCUACGAUGCAUGUUUCCAACAGAAGUGUAUCAGUACCAAUGUUGUUAUCCCUGACCAAAUUGUUGCAAUUUUACAUCGUUACGUAAUAAGUUUUUAAAACUCAAUUGAGUGGUAACGAAAAUAAAUCCUACCAAUUAUGUAAUUGUGCGUUUUUAAUAAAUAGUCCACACUCAAGAAAUUUUAACUACAAAAACGCCAUAGCUUAUCUCCAAACGUCGGCCAAAUGUGUCAAUUAUUCCCACAUUCAAUAAUUGUAUUUUCAAACGCCGUUAUUACAUAUCUUGAUGAUUUAAAACUGUAAUGUUCACUGAAAUAAACACAUGUU